AUGAAGAACAGGUCUUUACGAGCUAACGGCGCGUCUAUUGGAGGCAAAAACAACAUAAGUGAUAUAGAAGAGUACAAUAGUAAUGCUACCAUAAUACGUGACCUCACAUUUAAAGUUGGAGCCGGUGAGAUUGUGUUGGUAGUUGGUGAUAAAUCGUCCCAAUUUUUACGGAAUUUGGCUGACGGUAAUAGUGCAAUAAGCCCUGAAAACAAGUUAGUAUUUAAAAAUUAUGAAUAUUUGAAAUUUGCAGAAAGAUGCACCGGAGAGAUAAUAUAUAGCAAUGCGGAGGAUAACCAUAUGAAACAGUUAACAGUCCAAGAGACUAUUGAUUUUGCUGUAAAUUGCAAUGUCGACGUCGCAAAAGAGGAUAAAAUACUUCUCCGGGACACACUACUCAGCGCAUUCAAAUUGAGCGAAGUCAGGCACACUUUAGUGGCGGAUGAGAACUCCUCAAAACUUUCUGUGGGUGAACGAAGAAGACUAUCCAUCAUUGAAGCCUUUCUAGGAAAUGCGUCCUUAUAUUUAUGGGAUAAUUGCACGAAUGGAUUGGACUCUAUGACUGCGAUGGACAUUAUACAAGGAUUAAAAUUGAUGGCUCGGGUUACAAAAACAGUGAACUUAUUCGGGUGUACCCAGGCCAACGGCAUCUUGUUGGGCCAGGUCGACAAAGUUUUGGUCUUGAUAGGGGACUACCAGGUAUUUUAUGGCUCUUACCAAGAUUGCAUAUUGUUUUUUGAAAGUCUUUAUUUCCCGAAAGACCCAAACCUACUGGAUAGUGAAUACUUCAGUGCGGUUAUUUAUGGUUCCAUCCAGAGCCCGUUAAUUAAGACAGAUUCUGACUUUCAUAGGCAGUGGAUUCAUUCUUCAUACUACAGGAAAGUAAAUGAUGAAUCACAGAUAAAAUACUCAAAAAAAACUAUAGAUCUGAAAGACCUGAAGAGUCUUCAACCGGUAUCUGCACUGCGCCAAGUCAUAUAUUGUGUUCUCCGUUCGUGGAAUAUGUUUCGUUCAGAUAAAUUUGCUACGGGCCUCCAGGUGACGACAGCGUUUCUGAGAUCUUUAACACUCGGUGCACUAUUUCUCGAUUUACCGACUACUGCUGUGGGUUCACAGGCAAGAGAACGCUUAAUCUUUUACAUCCUUCUCAUGUGUAUGUUCUCUGGAAUAACAACUGUUCCACUGAUAUUCGACCGGAGACCAGUGAUCAUGAAGCAAAUCCAAAUGCAAUUUUACAGGCCAUGGACAGACUCCUUAGCCAAUACUACGUUAUCCCUUUCCGUAAACCUUAUUUUGGUAACCAUAUCCUCAAGCGUCCUCUAUACAAUGGUGGACUUUCAACGUAGUUUGUUGAGGUUUUCGGUCUUUAUUUUAAUUGCGAUAACCAGCGACUGUAUCAUACAUUUGAUGUUCUUAACAAUUGCCAAUAUCUCCCCAAAUUCAGCGCUUGCAAACGGAUUAAGUGGAAUAUUGUUGAUUUCAGCAUCAGUUACCGGUUCGUUGGGAAUUCCAUUGAAGCAGAUGAACAGAUGGUUUAAAGUUCUUUCACUAAUAAACCCGAUCAGGUACGCAGGCGAAACAUUUUUAACCAAUGAAUUAUUCAAUGUUUCCCUAGAAUGCGCAGAUAUGCUGGUUCCAGGAGGUGCUGCGUAUCAAAAUGUGGCAGGUUCGUUCAGAACGUGUGUAUGGCCCGGAGCUGAACCAGAAUCCUCGGUGAUAAAUGGUACAAAAUACCUAAGUGCUCAAUUCGCAUUCUCACAUGCACACUUCUGGAAAAAUUACGGUAUCUUACAGGCCUUUUCCAUAUUUUUCUUUAUUGCUUCGUUAUUGAGCGCCGAAUACAUCAUGCCACUAUUCUGUACCAAGUACGCCCCACGAAUAUGUUGGCCAAGAGAAAAAUAUGAAAAUUGUCAUCCUGCCCGAAUCAAGUUGCGCAAGGAAGUAGUCAUCGAUAAUGACUCGCAUUCUACUUUCUGUAGCGAUCGAUUCAUCGAAAAGGCGUAUGCCGUAGCGCCCUCCUCCUCAUGUGGUACAAGAGAAUUCUCUUACGGAAAUGAGCUAUAUCAUAGCAUCAUAUCAUGGAGUAACCUAUCUUAUCAGGUAAAUGGUAAGAUGUUACUUCAAAAUAUUAGCGGCUAUAUUGGACCUGGCUUGUGCUUAGUCCUCGGCGAAUCCAGUUCUGGAAAAUCUGCAUUGUUGAACGUUUUGGCACGCAGGGAAGCUAGUGGCAUCACUGGGAAUUUAAUGCUCGCCGGAAGGCCUAUUAAAGACUAUCCAAAUUACCAUAACGAAGUGGGAUAUGUUCCCCAGGUGGAUGCUCAUUUCGGCUCAUUGAAAGUUAUCGAAGCGUUAGAAUUUUCGGCAAAUAUAAGAGGCCAAAGAGAUAAGGAACAUAUAACAGAGGUCCUUUCAAUGUUGAAUUUAUCAGGUCAGAGGUAUGUCGAUGAACUAUGUUUGCAGGAGAAAAGGAUACUCUCUAUAGGGGCCGAGUUGGCUUCAAAACCAGCUGUUGCGUUAUUCGUUGAUGAGCCCUCUAUGGGCAUGGAUUCUGAGGCAGCCAUUGCCAUGAUUGAACGUUUAAACAGGUUGGCUGAUGAAGGACAGACAAUAUUAUGUUCUAUAAGUCAGCCAAGUAAAUCUAUCUUUCAUUAUUUUGAUAACUUGAUAGUGUUGGAUAAGAAUGGCCAGUGCGUUUACUUUGGGUCUACUGAGGGUGCGAUUUCAUACUUCACAAAACAUUCAGCAAUCCAAUACGAUGAGAGAAAACACAACCCUUCUGACCUCAUCCUCAGCAUAAUCAGGUCAAACUUAAAGGAUAGAACUUGGGCGGAAAAUUGGCAAUGCACAAAGGAGUACGCUGCGGCAGAAGCAACUCGAAUUGAAUUAGAAAGAAAGUCUUUCGGGGCAUGGGCGUCAGAUCAACGCCAUCUGGACUCUUUCCUAACGUGGCCCACUUGCUUUUGCGCAACAUUAAAGAGGCAGUUCAUACUUAUAGCUAGGGACAAAAGCUAUUUGACAUCUCGAAUUAUACUCAGUCUGACUACAGGCUUAUACCUUGCCGGUAGCCUUUGGAAUACUGGGAAUAGCGGAAGUGCAUUGGAUACCACUAUUUUUUCUGUAUUCGUAUUCCUUGCUAUGUCGCUGCCACUGGCACAACAGAUUCAGACAAAGGCAGCGACCGUGAUGAAGGCCUACAUCACCAGAGAAAUGAAGUCACACACAGUUGGAUGGUCAACAUUGAUGGCAGCCCAAUUUCUUGCGGAAAUUCCGCUCCUUCUCUCAUGCUGUGUGCUGUUUUAUUUUUGCAUCUAUUGCACUAUGGGAACUAGCGUCAAUCCAGCCGUGAUGGACGCGUUUUUCGUGAAUUGUCUAGUAUUUGGGCUAUAUUGCCUUUCAAUAGGGCUUGCAACACUGUUCGUUGGACUAAAAGUUUAUCAUUCAACUGCAUUACUCAGCCUUGUUUCCAGUUUGCUACUAGCAGUGUGUGGUAUAUUGCAACCCAAUUUGAAAGUCACCCCGAUCUGGCGCACCAUAUACCAGAUGUCUCCAUUGACAUAUUUUGCGGAUACAUUCACCAGUUUGCUACUCUAUGAUAAGCACAUCCUCUGCUCGCAGGACGAUUUAAUAUCUGUAUCUCGCCCCGAUGGUCAGUCUUGCAGUGAGUACUUCGGCACAUUUAUUCAGGAGUUCGGAGGAAAGAUAGUUGACCAUGCUGAUAAAAACAUGUGCGCAUACUGCUCUUCUGACGAGAUCAGCAACUUUUUGAGUUUGCGUGAUAUGUCAUACAACCAUAUUUGGCGCAAUGUUGCGAUCUGUUCCGCAUUUGUGGCGCUUAACUUUGCCGCGAUGAUAUGCAGAUUCCAUCUCUUCAAUGCACCAUUAAGCCUAGCGAAUAUACCAGGUAGACUUCAAGCGGUUUUUAAGCAUAAAUAG